AACAAAAUUACGCUCACUUACUGGAGACAGGCGCUGUGCUGCGAAGUGGCUGUCGGGAGUUGAGGUUGCGCGUGUGUUCUGUAUACUGAACUGAUUUCUUCAGACAAUGCCACCAAAAAAAAAGAAAAGGACAUCAUCUCAGCUGUCUGAACAAAAUGAGUCUCCUGCCAAGUUGCGUAAGAAAACUGUUGGGCCGAAAAAGAUGUCCAUUCAAGCAUGUUCAGGGAAUAAGACGUCAGAGGUCAAGUGCUCUUUGGAACAGAAGGAUGCUGGGGAAAAAGGACAAAAGGAGCUUUUCACAUAUUGGCUUAUGAAAUCUGAGCCAGAAAGCCGCAUAGAAAAUGGAGUUGAUGUUAAGUUUGGAAUAGAAGACUUAAAAGCACAGUCUGAACAAACAGGAUGCUGGGAUGGAGUGCGAAAUUACCAGGCACGCAAUUACAUGAAGGACAUGAAGGUUGGGCAGUUGGCUUUCUUUUAUCACAGCAACUGUAAAAUGCCAGGAAUUGCUGGAAUUAUUAAGGUUGUCAAAGAGGCUUAUGUAGACCAUACACAGUUUGAUAAGAAGGACCCUCAUUAUGACCCAUCCAGUAAACAAGACAAUCCCAAGUGGUAUAUGGUAGAUGUGCAGUUUGUAAGGAUGACCAAACGAUUUAUUAGCUUGACUGAGCUGAAGAAAUAUCACUUGGAGCACAAAUCAAGUGGUGGAGCCCUCAAAAACAUGGCACUCUUCACUAGGACCCGACUGUCCGUCCAGCCUCUCACUGAAGAGGAAUUUAACUUUGUCCUGAACCUGGAAGAUAAAGAUCCAAUUUGAUUUUUUUUUUUUUUGGCAUACAAGGACCCAACAUUUUCCCCCGUACUCCUGAAUAUGAUCUGGUUCACCCUCUGCUGUGUUUGGAUUACUACAUCAGAAAACACAGACAUUCUCAUUGGAUCUGCAAUGGUAUAGUAGAGUACAGGAACAUCUGUGCACAGCUUGACAGAAGCCAGGCAGAGAGCAGUGAUCACUGCCCAAAAUGACAUGGCUGUUGGGAGAAGAGAGGCUUCCGGUCUUAUAGCAUGGAAGCCUUUGCACUUAUCUUAUAUUUUUAUCCAAAAUGUUUUACAAAUUAAAAAGUAAAUGGUGGUGUUUAUUUUCU